CGUCACUCGCAUAGUUCUCGCAACGUAAAUGUAGGCGUUGGUCUUGCCAAUAUAAGUUUGGACUACUUGGCAGGUCGAACUAGUCUCCAGUGCUCUUAUUCAAACAGGAGGGCGAAAGAAGUUACUUUAUUGUAGUAAAAAAAAGCAAUAUAUAUAUAUAUAUAUAUUAUACAUUUUUGUUUUGCGUUUAUUCUUCUGUGUUGAUAUUCGAGUUUUGCAAUGACUGCACGAGUUCUUUCCAAAGGUUUUCACCAAAGCAAACGUUUUUCCUUAUCCCUGAAAAUCGUGGAAAACAGCUGGACAUGCCAGAGGACACGCUUUCACAUAUCGAGUGCUCUCGGUGCAGACAUCUCUCCCACGAGACCCACUAUCUCCACCAGCUACAUCCAUGGCACCUCCAGCUGGCCCCUCCUGCCCAAGACGGUGGGUCAGUGCCUGGACGACAUGGUGGAGAAACGCCCUGAGCGCGAGGCCCUGGUCUUCAUGAGAGACGGCAUCCGCAAGACCUUCGCUGAGUUCAAACAGGACGUGGACCAGCUGGCUGCAGGGCUGCUGGCCCUGGGGCUGAAGAGAGGGGCCCGGCUGGGAAUGUGGGGCCCCAACACCUAUGAGUGGCUGCUGAUCCAGUUUGCCACGGCGCAGACCGGGAUCAUCCUGGUCUCUGUGAAUCCAGCCUACCAGGUCAAGGAGCUAGAGUUUGUUCUCCAGAAGGUUGGCUGUACUGCGGUGGUGUGCCCGACCCAGUUCAAAACCCAGCGGUACUACGACAUGCUGAAGAAGGUCUGUCCUGAGCUGGAGAAGGCCUCUCCCGGGGGCCUCAAAAGCAGCAGGUUGCCAGACCUGAGCACGGUCAUCAUUCUGGACAGUAAGCAGCCCGGAGCCUUCCAGAUGUCGGAGGUGAUGCAGGCAGGGACCAGCAAGCACCUGGAGCAGCUUCGCACUGUGCAGAGGAAGCUGUCCUGCGACGACCCCAUCAACAUCCAGUUCACCUCGGGGACCACGGGGAGCCCCAAAGGAGCCGUGCUGUCCCAUCACAACAUCGUGAACAACGCCAACUUGAUCGGCCUGCGCUUGGGCUACCACUGGAAGGACUUGCGUGUAUGUCUGCCGGUUCCCAUGUACCACUGCUUCGCCAUGGUGGGCGGCGCCAUGGUCAUGGCUCUGCAUGGCUGCACCCUCGUCUUCCCCUCCCCCAGCUUCGAGGGGCGUGCCUCGCUGGAGGCCAUCCAGACUGAGAGAUGUAACCUUUUGUGCGGCACCCCCACCAUGUUCAUCGAUAUGCUUGGGCAGCCAGAUAUUGGUAGCAUUGACUUCUCCUCACUGUCUGCAGGCAUAAUGGCCGGAUCAUCCUGCCCUGCAGAGGUUAUGAAGAAGGUGAUGAACACCAUGAACAUGCCAGAGCUGUCUAUUGGUUACGGGACAACCGAAAACAGCCCAGUGACCUUCUUGGGCUUCCCAAUGGAUGAAAUUAAGAGGAAAACCGAGACUGUGGGAUACAUCACCCCGCACACUGAGGCUAAAGUAGUGAACCCCAACACGGGAGAGAUUGUGCCCCUGAACACUGCCGGAGAGCUGCUGAUCAGGGGGUACUGCGUCAUGCUAGGGUACUGGGGCGACCCUACAAAGACAGCGGAGAGCAUCACCACCGAUCGCUGGUACAAAACCGGAGACAUUGCCUCCCUGGACGAGUAUGGCUAUUGUAAGAUCGAGGGCCGCAUUCGGGACAUGAUGAUUCGUGGAGGAGAGAACAUCUACCCAGCCGAAAUCGAGCAGUUCCUCCACACACACCCCAAGGUCCAUGAGGCCCAGGUGAUUGGUGUGAAGGACGAGCGGAUGGGAGAGGAGGUGUGUGCCUGCAUCAAGCUUAUGGAGGGGGUGGAGUGCACAGCCGAGGAGAUCAAGGCCUUCUGCAAAGGGCAGAUUUCCCAUUUCAAAAUCCCUCGGUACGUGCUUUUCAUGAAGAAAUUCCCGCUCACAGUGUCUGGAAAGGUUCAGAAGUAUAAACUAAGGGAGAGCGUGGAAAAGGAUCUGGGGCUGUGAGCGCAUCCGGCCAUCUUCUGUGGAUUCAAGAGAAACCAGUCUGCUUGGACAUGUCUUCCCAUUCCUAUCAGAGCCCACCCAGACCAGCGUUAAAAAGGACAGGGCAGCUCUCACGAAUCCAGCUCCUAAACUUUUUAUAAUCAGUGUAUCCUAAGGAGGGUGAAAUCCUGCUGUUUGUUAUCAGUGCUCAUUUCAAUUCAGUAAGGACUAACUAAAUAUACACUGCAACAGUAGCUUUAUUCUUCAUUUAUCUUGCGCAGAAUCUGUCACUACAAUUGACAGUCAUAAACCUGAUACUCUCUCAGAUUCCAGCACCUUUUUAAACAUUAGAUGAUCAAGUGUUCCUCCUAAAUGAUAACUGUCGCAUGCUACAAAUACAAAAUUUAAAUGUUUUACUGCAGAUUUUCUAUACAAUUGAUUUGAAAAUAAAUGACUUUUCAAGUUAA